ACAACCAGGUCGGUAUCUGACCCAGCCAGUCCGAUUCUCUCACUGACUAGUGACUAGUGACUACCCACCAUUUUUGUGUGAAAUUUGCGCCGACGAUAAGUUUGGGUACCAUCUUUCCCAAUUGAGAAUUGCAACCAUAUCUAUUGCAUUGAUUGUGUGAUCAACUACAUCGAUUUCAGGAUGAUUAAUGAUGUGUUUACACUUUUCUUUGAUCGCAUUCAUGAUUCAUCUAUCCCUUAGGUCCCAGGACCCAGAUCUAGUUCUUUUUCCUAAGACCCUCCUCGAUCCAACCAUAAUGGCCAUUUUGCAAAGCUGCAAUGUGAAAUAGGCCGUCCAGACAACAUUUGCCUAAACAAUCAAAAUACAUGAUCAAGUCACUGGCUGGAUAUCACUCUAUUUCUUUGAUGAGCUUGGGCUUGUCUCUGAAGUAGUAGUCUUGCUGCGACGAGAAGAUGAUGCUGAUAGUCUUUGCCUAUAGCGGGGAGGUGGUGGUGAGGGAAUCACACUACCCGCAUUGUGGGAUAAUGUUUUGUGCUCACUGUAAGGUUGCUUGGCCAUGUUGGGAUGGAUUGCGGCGAGUUUCAGUAGCUGAAUAUGGGUGAGAGAGGGUAUGAAGACGUCAAGGAACCUGGUGGUGCAGGAGAUAGUGAUCGAGGGGAGACAGAGUAAUCAGAAAACUUAAAAAUUAUUAAUUUAUUAUUACGAACCAUAGUUAAGUUAUAGCAUACAUACUAACCAUAUAUAGUUAAGUUGUAGAAUUUGUAGUACAUGUGACAUGUGUUUAUUGAAUGAUGAUAUCAUCAUCAAUGUUUAGGUGGUGAGUAGAUUUAAAUCCGAACUAAGGAGCAUGGAGAACGGACGUCUAUAUAAAGAAGCAACUCCUAUCUAAUAUAAUCAUCAAAAAUCCUCCUAGCUUAUAUUAUUCAUCAGUUAAUACUUAAUAGUAGUAGUCAUCCAACCAUGGAUUACAGCCUUUAUAUUUUCUUGUCUACACUACUUGCCAUCUUCACUACUACUACUCUUACGUUCCUUUUUUCUACUUAUAAGUCAAAAUCCCAUGAAAAAUCCAUUAAUCUUCCCCCUGGCAGUUUUGGGUGGCCGAUUAUCGGCGAAACCUUUGCCUUUCUACACAAUGACCAUGAAAAAUUUAUAGGGGAUAGAAUGAAGAAAUACUCCUCCAAAAUCUUCAAAACCAAGAUACUAGGUGAGCGAACAGUGGUGUUAUGUGGCACUGCCGGUCACAAAUUUGUGGCUUCCAACGAAGAAAAGCUCUUUGCAGCAUGGAGACCUCACUCAAUGCAAAAGCUCUUCCGUUCUUCAUACCAAAAAGCUACUUCCAUCAUCAUGCCAAAACAAAUGGAAAAGCACGUAUCUCAGGCACCGGGGUUUCUGAGAGCCGAAGCCCUUGUUGGCUAUGUUGGAGCGAUGGAUUCCAUGGUUCUCGACCACCUGAAAACGCACUGGGAUGGCAAACAGGUGGUCGAGGCUCAUCACCUCACGCAGCUACUCGUUUUGACUCUCUCAGCCAAGUCAUUCUUGGGACUCGAAGACCAUUGUCGUAUUGAUAAGCUUGCGAAGUUGAUGGACACCAUGAUGCCGGCGCUUCACACUAUUCCUGUGAAUAUUCCGGGGACUGCAUUUCAUCGAGCAAUGAAAGCAGUGCCGGCUGCGAGGGAGAUUAUUCAGUCGUUUGUUAAGGAGAAGAAAGAAGUUAUGGCGUCUACAGGAAACAACAUGCAUGAUUUUUUGUCUUAUAUGAUUGGUACGGCAGACCCGGUUACCGGAAGGUUCAUGCCGGAUAAUGAAAUUGCUGACAAAAUCAUGGGGAUUGUGGCCGCUUCCUUCAACUCUCCAGCUAUGACUACUACUUUUAUCGUGAAGUUCCUGGGCGAAAGACCUGACAUUUAUGACAAAGUCCGAAUUGAACAAAUGGAGAUUUUGAAGGCCAAAAAAUUUGGCGAGGCACUCAAUUGGGAUGAUCUGCAAAAAAUGAAGUAUUCGUGGAACGUAGCCCUGGAGGCGAUGAGGCUCAUACCACCUCUUCAGGGAACAUUUAGAGAGGCUGCAAAGGACUUCACUUACGAAGGUUAUGCAAUUCCUAAAGGAUGGAAGGUUUACUGGACAGUGAGCACCACAACCAUGAACCCUGAAUAUUUUCCAGCGCCAGAAGAGUUUGAUCCAACAAGGUUCGAGAAAGCAACUCCUCCGCCUUACACAAACAUCCCAUUCGGGAGCGGUCCUCGAAUUUGCCCCGGAAAGGACUACGCUCGUCUGCAAAUUCUUAGUUUUAUGCACCAUCUUGUUAUAAGAUUCAAAUGGGAACUUGUGAACCCUAAUUGCAAGAUCACAGGUGGUAUGAAUCCCUUUCCAGUUGAUGGGCUGAAGGUUCGCCUCCAAGCUCAACCCAGUCAAGCUUAAGUUGCACAACGCACGUACGCAGAGCUGCAUGCAUUAAGCAUCUAGACAUCAUUAUGAUGGAUAUUAUGUAUAUAUAUAAAUACGUAUAUGGGCAUAAUAAACACCACUUUGUGGCGCAAAACCUUGUCUAAUAGUGAUCAGUGGCACUCCGUCUUACCAGUUGUCAUAAAAUAUGAUUCUCUUAAUUUUGUUCAUCCAUAUAAAUACAGCUUCCGGAUA